AUGGAGGUGCGCGAAUGUCUUGCCCUGCUGCUCCUGCUGUCCUUGAUGCUUCCUCUGGGCCUCCCAGUUCUGGGAGCCCCCCCAAACCUCAUCUGUGACAGCCGAGUCCUGGAGAGGUACAUCCUGGAGGCCAAGGAGGCUGAAAAUGUCACGAUGGGCUGUGAGGAAGGUUGCAGCUUCAGUGAGAAUAUCACCGUCCCAGACACCAAGGUUAACUUCUAUGCCUGGAAGAGGAUGGAGGUUGAGCAGCAGGCUGUGGAAGUCUGGCAGGGCCUGGCCCUGCUCUCAGAAGCCAUCCCGCGGGGCCAGGCCCUAUUGGCCAACUCCUCCCAGCCAUCUGAGACCCUGAAGCUGCACAUGGACAAAGCCAUCAGCGGCCUGCGAAGCCUCACUUCUCUACUUCGGGCGCUGGGAGCCCAGAAGGAAGCUAUCUCUCUUCCAGAUGCAACAGCCUCUCCUGCUGCACUCCGAACAUUCACUGUUGAUACUUUGUGCAAACUUUUCCGAAUCUACUCCAAUUUCCUGCGAGGAAAGCUGAAGCUGUACACAGGGGAGGCCUGCAGGAGAGGGGACAGGUGACCUGGUGCUCCUACCCCAGAUACACCCGCCACCUCCUCGCUCACCACCACUGCCCAUGCCACGCCUUCCACACCACCACUCCCAACCCCCAUCAAGGGUCUAUCAGCUCAGUGCCAGCUUGUUCCACGGACACUCCACGGCCAGUGGUGACAUCUCAGAGGCCAGAAAAACUGUUCAGAGUUCAACUCAGAUCUGAGGAAGUCACAGGGCCAGUCUGGGGCCCGGAACAAGAAGAAUUCAGAAGAGAUCAGCUUAAACUCGGGAUUGCGCCAUGCUGGGGAGACACCGAACUCACCUCAGUGCCCUGCAGAACUGUGAUGCCAGGACAAGCUGGAGGGAAAAUACUUCUUUUUUCACCUACCAAGCAAGGACAGAAUGGACUGGAGAAUUUAGGUGGCAAGCCAUGAGUUCUCCAGGUCUCACGGGGACUCCAUGACAGCAAGAGCCUCCUGGACAAUGAAGGUGGUGGGAGCCAUGACAAUCGGAUUGGGGCUGGCCCCUGGCUCUCAUGGGGUUCAAGUUUUGUGUAUUUUCAAUCUCACUGGCAAGAAC